AUGGUUAAAGCAGUUGUCCUCGGCGCCUCCGGUGGCAUCGGCCAACCUCUCUCUCUUCUCCUCAAAGCCAGCCCUCUCGUCGACGAGCUCGCUCUCUACGAUGUAGUCAACACCCCUGGUGUGGCUACUGAUCUCUCGCACAUCUCGAGCCCCGCUAAAAUAGAGGGAUACUUGCCAGCGGAUGAUGGUCUCAAAAAGGCACUCACUGGUGCUGAUAUCAUUGUCAUUCCUGCUGGAAUUCCCCGUAAACCUGGAAUGACCCGUGACGACCUUUUCAAGGUCAACGCUGGUAUCGUCCAGACUUUGGUCAAAGGUAUAGCAGAGUUUAGCCCUAAGGCCUUCGUGCUCAUCAUUUCCAACCCGGUCAACUCCACCGUCCCAAUUGCUGCCGAAGUCUUGAAGGCGGCCGGUGUUUUCGACCCCAAGCGCCUCUUCGGUGUUACUACUUUGGAUGUUGUGCGUGCCGAGACAUUUGUUCAAGAGUAUAGUGGAGAGAAGGAUCCCUCCAAGGCCACUGUUCCUGUCGUUGGAGGUCACUCUGGAGACACAAUUGUGCCUCUUUUCAGCCAAGCAAAGCCGUCUCUGAACAUCCCUGCCGACAAAUACGACGCCUUGGUGAACCGUGUUCAAUUCGGCGGUGACGAGGUGGUCAAGGCCAAGGACGGUGCUGGCUCAGCUACCCUCUCGAUGGCAUACGCUGGAUACAGAUUUGCCGAGAAUGUCAUCAAGGCUUUGAAGGGCACCGAGAGCGUCGCAGAGCCCACAUUUGUUUAUCUCCCCGGUGUGCCAGGCGGUGAUGCCGUUGCUAAAGUGACUGGCGUGGACUUUUUCUCCGUGCCUGUGGAACUUGGGCCUGACGGUGCCAAGCGUGCCAUCAAUAUCCUUGAAGCCGCCACCACGGAAGAAAAGAAAUUGCUCGAAGUUGCCGUCAAAGGCCUCAAAACGAAUAUUGACAAGGGCAUUGACUUCGUCAAGAACCCCCGCCAAACUAGGAGGGCACUGCUAAUUCAGUUGUCUUGGAAGAUAGGCUUUGAUACGUGA